CAAGCCUGGCCCACACGUCUUUAAGGAUGCCGCUAUCCCCAUCUCCCUCGUCGGCCCUCACGUCGUCGAAUCCCUCCUCUCUCCUUCCCCCAAAACCCUAGAAACCACUUUCCUGUUCUCCAAAGCGACUGGGUAUUGCAAUGAGUUUCAGCUCAAUUCGCUACUAAAAUUGGCCAUCGCGAAUACAAACUCUCCACUCGUCUCGGCUUUAAUCGACACAGGAGCAGAUCCGAACGGCAGAGACUCCGAUGAAAGGCCGGUGAUGUCUCUCGCAGUCCGAUCCGGCGACGUCGAUGUGGUUCGGGUCCUGAUCGAGUCUAGUUGCACAAUUCAACACCCAAUUGAUCGAUUCUUGCACGAAGCAGCAGAGAUGGAGAGAUUGGAUUUAAUGAAGGUUUUGUGUCUAGGGUUCAAAGAAAUCGACGUGAAUUCAAUCGAUUUAAAUGGUCGACCACCACUUCACAUCGCAGCAAUUCAUGGCAAUAUCGAAUUGCUUUGAUUUUUAGUUUCAAUCGGAGGAGACACUGAAAUCGCAGAAUGUAAUGGAUACACUCCGCUCCAUUGCUCUGCUUCUGCUUCAAAUGGUCACACUGAAACAGUAGUUGAACACCACUUCACGCCGGAGUGGGCGGCGAUGGCGCGCAUAUGCCUCCGACUUCGUUAGGGCAAUGAGGAGAGAGAAAGAAAGUGGGAAUUUUUUUUUUCAACGAAGUUGAGGACGUCGGUUAGUGGCUUAGCUGUAAUGAAGCUGAUGUGAAAAGUUAGCAACAUGUUAGUUUUUUUGGAUUGGGAUAACAGGUGGACAUGCUGACGGGGUACUUGGGGGUACCAAUAUUCUCUCGUUUAACCCCUUGAGGAGUAACAUAAGCGGCCGCCACAACCAAAAGAGUCAUCUUUCUCCCUUCCUUCCCUCACCAUCUCACAGCCAGCCAUGGUCUAUCCAAACAUUUCUCUCUUCCUCUAUCUCUAUAUAUGUAUUCAUUUAUAUUUAUAUUUCUGUUGCAAAUAACGAUUAUCUGAAAUGAAAUUUCCUCAUCAGAUAAUUCCAGAGAAGAACCGGAUAGAGAUCUCCAAAUACCUCUUCCAAGAGGGUCAUUGCUCCGCGAAAAAGGAUUACAAUCUUUCGAAGCACCCCAAGAUCGAUGUGCCUAAUCUGCAGGUGAUUCAGUUGAUGCAGGGCUUCAAGUCGAAGGAAUAUGUUAGGGAGACCUGGGAUUUGAUGCACUACUACUGGUACCUCACCAACGAUGGGAUCGAAUUCCUCAGAUCCUACCUAAAUCUUCCACCAGAGAUUAUGCCCGCCAAUUUGAAUGGUGUUUUUUCUGUGCCCGUCACAGAGAUUGUUCCCGCCAUGGCCGAUCAUCGCCCCUGGCAAGAAUGAAAUAUACAAGGAGGAGAAUGGUGGUUAUUGCAGGUGCAGCUGCGACUCCGACUGUUUGAUAGCCUUUGUUUGGAUUGCAACGUUGGGCGGCUCUGGGUGCUUCUUAAUAUUAGCGAUGGUGGCUCUAGCGAUUGGUUUGGUGCAAGGACUCAUACAAAAUAUUAGUGACAUAAACCAUCACACCAAUUCCUUUCCCAAUCGAGAUCUCUUUUUUACAAUUUAUCUCUUUUUUUUUUGGCUGUUGAUGGCGCUUACAAUAGCUUGGGUUUUUUCUAUUUUCUGGAUCAAAUCCAUGGGUAUUUCUGCUCCUUGCCUUGCCAUAGAUCACAAGGGCAGACACAACCAAGAGGCAAGCCAACUAGUAUAAUAAGUUUAUGUUACUAAUUUUAUGGGAUGAUUGUAUUUUAUUUAUUUAUUUAUUUUGAACUCUCUAUACAUAAUAUGCUAGAUAUCACAAUUGA